UUCUCUAAAGUCUAACCCAAACAAAUCUCAGCACACAAAACAAAACCCUAACUGCAUUAAACCCUAACACACUCAGUUCCAUCCAUGGCGUCGCAAAUGGCGAUCCUCUUCCGCACGCGCACCCUCCUCUCUUCGAAACCCACCACCACCACCCUCAUCAAAACCAUAACCACAUUCCCCUUCCUCUCACAAGAGCCCCAAUUAGUGGACUCCACCCCACCACCUUCUUCCUCAACCACCCCUCUCCCUCCCAACCCCGCCUCCGGAAGCCCCCUCUACAACGAAAACUGGCGCAGCCCAAUCCCGCCGCCACCGCCCGCUUCCUCCGCCGCCACCUCCCACGCGCUCGCCCCCGUGGGCUUCUACAACCGCGCCACGUCGGAAACAUACGACCCCCGCGCCCUCCUCGACCUCUUCGGCGACUGGAUGGCCUCGCAGCAGUGGCACGACGUCAAGUUCCUUUUCGAGGCCUGGGUCCGCUCCCUCGAUAAGACGGGCAAACCAAACAAGCCCGAUGUUAAUCUGUUUAAUCACUACCUCCGCGCCAACCUUAUGCUCGGCGCCUCCGCCGCCGAGCUCCUCGACCUUGUCGCGCAGAUGGCGGAGUUCGACGUCGCCCCCAACACCGCGUCGUUCAACCUCGUCCUCAAGGCCAUGUGCCAGGCCAAGGAAACCCUCGCCGCUGACAAGCUCCUCCAACGGAUGCUGCAGUCAGGAAAUGAUGCUCUCCCUGAUGAUGAAUCGUAUGACUUAGUCAUCGGAAUGCUCUUUUCCAUGGACCAGAUUGACACUGCAUUCAAAUAUAUAGAUUUAAUUUUGAAAUCUGGUAAUGUGUUGUCAAUGAAGGUUUUUAUGAACUGUGCGGGCAGUUGUGUCAAUAAGGGAAGGCUUGAUACAUUGGUGACAAUAAUUGAAAGGUGCAGGGCAUCAGAUCAAAACAAAGCUCUUUGCCCCAACUGGGACUUGUGCAAUUUUAUUGUUGAAAUUGCAACUCGGGAGGAUAAUAGCAAAUUAGCUUUUUAUGGCCUGGAGUUUAUGGCUAAAUGGAUUGUAAAGGGUGAACGUCAAAGACCUCCUAUAUAUAUUUCUGUAGAUGAAGGUUUAGUUCUGUCAGCUCUUUUGACUGCUGGUAGAACCUAUAACACUGACCUGCUAGUGGCAUCAUGGGCUGUUUUGGAUCGCUCAUUGCGUAAAAAGAAAGCUCCUAAUCCAGAGUCAUAUCUUGGAAAGAUAUACGCACAUGCAUCAUUGGGGAAUCUACAAAAGGCUUUUGGUACUCUGAAUGAAUAUGAGUCAGCUUAUGGGGACUCUGGUCAAGAAGCUGAAGACUUGUUCUGCCCAUUUACUUCGUUACAUCCAUUGGUUGUGGCAUGCUCCAAGAAGGGUUUUGAGACUCUAGAUAAUGUUUAUUUUCAACUGGAGAAUUUAAACCGUGCAGAGCCUCCUUAUAAAUCUGUAGCUGCACUAAACUGCGUCAUUUUAGGAUGUGCAAACAUAUGGGACCUUGAUCGUGCUUACCAAACUUUUGAAUCAAUUGGAUCUACUUUUGGGUUGAUCCCUGAUAUUCAUUCAUACAAUGGGUUGAUAUAUGCCUUUGGGAAGCUCAAGAAGACACAUGAAGCUACAAGGGUGUUUGAGCACCUAGUGAGUUUGGGUCUGAAGUCUAAUGCAAAAUCAUAUUCUCUACUUGUUGAUGCCCACCUCAUUAACCGGGAUGUCAAAUCUGCUCUGGCAGUGAUUGAUGAUAUGAGAGCUGCUGGAUAUGAACCAUCAAAAGAGAUGCUAAAAAAGGUCAGACGGCGAUGCACACGAGAAAUGGACAAUGAAAGUGAUGCCAGAGUGCAAUCACUGGCUAAUUCCUUGAAUUACCAAUUGGGUUCAGAAAACCGACGGGACAUUCUGUUUAAUCUUAAUUACAGUAUGGGUUAUGCUUGAAUGGAAUACCUCUGUAUAUUAGUGGAUGCUGCUCAAGUUGGCGGGUCAGGAUGAUUCAAGAACAUCUUCGCGCAAUCUUUAUUUUUGUAUUUAUGUGUUUAUGAAGCGGGGAGGAUGCUGAUGAUGGAAUUAGCUUUCUUAGUGAAAACCCAAAGCAGUGAGUUUUUCAUCAAAGUUGUUCGAAAUAAUAGUAAGAUUGAUCCAAUUUUAGUAGAGGAUAGAAUCAAGAUCGACACUUAUCUCAUGGUUCUUAUUUUUUUUGUUCUGUUUUUUGGCACUGCCCAUUCUUUACAAUCUAAUGUGGCAACGACUAGAAGCUGCAAGGAUUUGGAAACUGCUUUUGUGGUGCUGUGGUUGUAUUAAAUUCUACUUCAAAUAAUGGUAAAUCUUCCAAUCGAGCGCACGUUUUAAUCAUUUGUAAAA